CGUCAAGGUCAAGAGCCUCUUCUCGGGCAAAAGAGUCAUUCACUACAGAUCGAAACCAAUCAGGCAUUCAGUCAACUAUAUCUAAACUGGGUCAUCACAGAUGCCUCAAGUCAAGUAUAAAUACAGGAUGGUUUGCCCUGGAUGCUGCUGGUAAUCCAUCCUAUCAAUUGUAUGUCCUUCUGUCCUCAUCGUCAGACAGCCGCCAAAAUGAUGCGAAUCAUCCUAUACUCCAUUAGCCUUUCCCUCAUCAGCCUCGGGCAGACGGCAAUCAUCCCUCUUCCUUCAAGCACCGGACCAUGCGACGUCACACUUCAAGCCAGUGAACUAGCCGACCAGUCUCGAACCGACCCAUUUGACCCCAAAGAAGGUAAACGCGCGAUCAUGGUCACCACCUUUACGCCCGUCAAUUGCGGAAGUGUCCUCUCUACAUUGUACAUUCCCAACGCCACAGCCAAAUAUGAAGAUGUGACUUUCCAGUCUUUUGGAUUACCCGCAGGAACAUUCGAGUCCCUUCGUAUCCCGGCUCAGACCCAGCGGCAGCCACCCCCUUCCUCCGACCACCCAGUGGUGCUCUUCUCGCCAGCUCUAGGAGUCUCCAGAUUAAUGUACACAUCGAUGCUGCAAGACAUCGCUAGUAACGGCUUCGCUGUCAUCUCCGUCGAUCAUCCAUACGAUGCCAACAUCGUGGAAUUUCCCGACGGCCGCACAGUCAUCGGAAUCCUCGGAAACAUCACCACAGAUGCGGAAUACAUUGCAGCAAUGAACAUUCGUGUCCAAGACAUGAUCUUUCUCCUCAACCAAACCCACAACGCAAACGUAACAAGAGACAUAUUCCCCCUAUCACGGACAAACCCACACCUCCUCUCUCUCUCCCGAGUAACAAUCAUGGGUCACUCCCUUGGCGGCGCCACCGCCGCGCAGUCAAUCCUCCUCGACAACCGCUUCGUGGGGGGAAUCAACCUCGACGGUAACCUAUGGGGCUCCGUCGUGACCCAAGGCCUCUCAACUCCCUUCCUACUCUUCGGCAACGCGAACCACAACCAAACGAGCGACUCCAGCUGGGCCACCUUUUGGAACCAUACGCGGGGCUGGAAACGGGAGCUCCAACUCGCGCAGUCGAAACAUUAUAGCUUUUCGGACUUUGCCGUGCUGGUGGAUUCGCUGGCUAUCUCGGAGGAAGUGAAAGAAGUUGUUCAGGCGGGUUGGGUUGGCACGAUUGGUGGGUUAAGGGCGAAGAAUGCGGUUGUUACGUAUGUUAGUGCUGCUCUGCGGUAUUUUGUUACGGGGAAUAUGUCGGAGUUGUUGGGUGGGCCGUCGGUGGCGUAUCCGGAUGUUACCUUUACUUGAUUCUUGAUUGGUUGGUUGAGUGAUGUAUUGGGGUUUUGAUUAGAUGUCAGAGUCAUAGAUCCAACGUCUGGAAGGUGAUGGCUUUGAUGUACCUGGCAUAUGGUUGCUGGAACGUCACAGAAAGUAGGGAUUGUGGGUGGUUGGACGUAGAAGUCCUUCGUUCAGAAUAACCAUUGGUAUAGAUACCACUUUACCUGACUUGAAUGAUUAGUAUUUGAACGUUAACACCA